GGUUUAGUUAGCCAAGCAUAGACGGGCGUCCCCUAUAAAUUUGAAAUUCAGCCUCGUUACCAUAUCGCCUCGUGGAGUAAGCGAAGAAUAACCUACCUAAACCACGAUGAAGACCCAAAUGAUUGCGGCCGUCCUGGCGGUGUGUAUCCUUCUAGCGGCCCUUUCGCCCAUGGCGGAAGCUCGGCCCGGAGGUGGUUACAGACGAGGAAGACGAUGGGGACGCCGCGGCUGGGGAAGGGGUGGUUACGGUGGAGGAUUCCUUGGCGGGCUGUUUCUUGGCAGUUUAUUCGGAUAUGGCUACCCCGGAUUGGGUUAUGGUUAUGGUUAUGGGUACGGCUAUCCAGGUUUCGGUAUUGGAUUUGGGUAUGGAUAUCCGUGGUUUAGAGGAGGCCUCUUUUUCUAAAUGAUAGAAAGACACUAUUUUUUCGUUUCUACUGUCAUAUAUAAACACU